UAAACCACUGGGAAAAAAAAAAAAAAAAUUAUCAAAACAAAGGGAGCAAAUGUUGCAGAAACCUUCUCUGUGAAAAAGAAAAAUCUGACACUUUCUCUCUCUAAUAAUAAAGCUUCUUUCUUUACUUGUUCUCUUGGGUAUAAAAGGACACCGAAAAUAAUGGCGGUUGUGCUUUGAUUGAUUGGAGCAGAGAGAGGAGAGAGAAAAGAGAGAGAGAGAGAGAGUAAAGCAAUAGUGGCAAGGCCACCAAGCAAGCAGUAGAGAAGUACCGACUCUACUAAGAACACAACUACACACCACCACCGCUUCCAGACCCAUCAAGCAAGUCACUUUGUGUUUCCAUUACUGGAAAAAUUUGAAUCAAAACCCAACUCUUGGUUUCUAUAUUUGCACAUGUUCUAGUUGAAAACAGUAUCUGUGUCUCUGUUCUGUGCUAGGCUAGUUCAUCACAUAGCUCUGUUUUUUUUUCUUAGAGAAUAAUGUGUAGGCUGUGUGCUUGAUGGAGCUUUCAUUUGGGUUUUUCAUUGCCUGAGAUCUAGUGCUUUCUGGGUUUCAUGGUGGCAUAGGCUUUGGGGGUUCUGAGGCUGAGAUCUGAUGCUUCUUUCAGCAGUGUUGGGUUUUUAGGCUGGUGGGUUUUUCUGGGGUUUGCUGUAAAUGCUUGGUUUUUGAGACUGGUUAAGUGGGUUGUGUAAAGUUUUGAUUUUGAAGCUGUGAUUCUUGAGGGUCAGUUUCAGAGGUGGAGGAGGGGGUUUCAAAUGUUGAGGCUUUUUUAUUGAAGGUUGUGGAAUGAGGUCUCUGAUUAAAGGUUGGACAUUCUGGGGGGUGGGGGUGAGGUUGAUCAGGUGCGAAUGAGGCUGAAAGCGAUCGUGUUUUGUAGUGAAACCGGUUUCGGUUGAAGAUUUAGUAGUUGGGUCCUUAUGGUUUGCUUUGCAUGAAUGUGAAGCUUCCUGCUUUUUGUAAAGUUGUGCAUCAAGUGUUUUCCUUUGCUGGGAUUUGAAUGGGGUUUUGUGUGGUGAAGAUAUGAUAUUGUGUGGUGAAAAGAAAGGAGGUGAAGAAAGGGAUUAUUCAGGGGUUUUUGGGUGAAUUUUUGUGUUAAGUUAUUGUGAUUAAGACCUGGUUUAAAUACUUUUUGAAGCUCUCCAAAGAUGAGGCUCUCUUCUGCUGGCUUUAGUCCUCAACCCCAGGAAGGGGAAAAGAGAGUUUUGAAUUCUGAACUUUGGCAUGCUUGUGCCGGUCCCCUUGUUUGUCUACCUGCUGUUGGUAGCCGUGUAGUUUAUUUUCCUCAAGGUCACAGUGAACAGGUUGCUGCAUCAACCAACAAGGAAGUGGAUGCCCAUAUUCCUAACUACCCAAGCUUAACUCCACAACUUAUCUGUCAACUCCACAAUGUGACAAUGCAUGCAGAUGUCGAGACAGAUGAAGUAUAUGCGCAAAUGACCUUACAACCGCUAAAUCCACAAGAGCAAAAGGACGGCUACCUUCCAGCAGGAUUAGGCAGCCCUAACAAACAGCCUACAAACUAUUUCUGUAAAACUUUGACAGCCAGUGACACUAGUACCCAUGGUGGUUUUUCUGUUCCUCGCCGGGCUGCUGAAAAAGUGUUUCCUCCAUUGGACUUCUCCCAACAACCACCAGCACAAGAGUUAAUUGCAAGGGAUCUGCAUGAUAAUGAAUGGAAGUUUAGACACAUAUUUCGCGGCCAGCCCAAAAGGCAUCUCCUUACUACAGGGUGGAGUGUGUUUGUAAGUGCUAAAAGACUGGUUGCUGGAGAUUCAGUUCUUUUCAUCUGGAACGAAAAAAAUCAACUACUCCUUGGUAUCCGGCGAGCUAACCGACCACAAACUGUGAUGCCUUCAUCCGUUUUAUCAAGUGAUAGCAUGCACUUGGGACUUCUUGCCGCUGCAGCUCAUGCAGCUUCAACAAAUAGUCGUUUCACCAUAUUUUAUAAUCCAAGGGCUAGUCCAUCAGAGUUUGUCAUUCCCCUGGCCAAGUACAUUAAAGCAGUCUAUCAUACUUGUAUUUCUGUUGGCAUGCGUUUUAGGAUGCUGUUUGAAACAGAGGAAUCAAGUGUCCGCCGCUACAUGGGAACCAUAACUGGCAUAAGUGACCUAGAUGCUGCUCGUUGGCCUAAUUCACACUGGCGUUCAGUCAAGGUGGGCUGGGACGAAUCCACAGCUGGGGAGAGGCAGCCAAGAGUGUCCCUGUGGGAGAUUGAACCAUUAACAACAUUUCCCAUGUAUCCAUCUCCGUUCCCCCUUAGGCUUAAGCGGCCAUGGCCACCUGGACUACCCUCUUUUACUGGAAUGAGGGAAGAUGACCUUAGCAUGAAUACUCCACUUAUGUGGCUUCGAGGAGAUACUGGAGACCGUGGAAUCCAAUCUCUGAACUAUCAUGGCAUUGGGGUCACACCAUGGAUGCAACCAAGGCUUGAUGCUUCUAUGAUUGGGUUGCAGACAGACAUGUACCAGGCUAUGGCUGCUGCUGCCCUUCAGGAGAUGAGGGCCGUAGAUCCUUCCAAAUCGCUACAUACGUCCCUUCUGCAGUUUCAGCAAACCCAAAACCUCCCCAGCAGGUCUGCUGCCUUGAUGCAGCCCCAGAUGGUGCAAGAGUCUCAACCUCAACCAGCCUUCCUUCAAGGUGUUCAAGAAAACCAUCGUCAGUCACAUUCUCAGACUCCAACUCAGUCGCACCUGCAGCAUCAAUUGCAGCACCAAAACUCAUUCAGUAACCAACAGCAGCAGCUACUUGAUCAUCAGCAGAUUCCAAGUGCUGUCUCUUCCAUGAAUCAUUUUGCUUCUGCUUCUCAAUCCCAGUCACCAUCUUUGCAAGUUAUCACGUCACUAUGUCAACAGCAGAGCUUUUCUGAUUCAAAUGGGAACCCUGCAACCAGCACCAUCUUAUCUCCCUUGCAGAGUCUCAUGGGUUCAUUUUCGCAGGAUGAAUCUUCCAACCUGCUCAACAUGCCUAGAACUAAUUCAUUAAUAUCAUCUUCUGGCUGGCCAUCUAAGCGAGCGGCAAUUGAACCUCUUCUUUCAUCUGGAGUUUCUCAAUGUGUUCUUCCCCAGGUGGAACAGUUGGGACCUCCGCAAACUACCAUCUCUCAGAAUCCUAUUUCAUUGCCACCCUUUCCAGGGAGAGAGUGCUCAAUAGACCAAGAAGGAAGCACCGAUCCUCAAACCCAUCUUUUAUUUGGUAUCAAUAUAGAAUCUUCACCUCUCCUCAUGCAGAAUGGGAUGUCAAACCUUAGAGGAGUUGGCAGCGAUAGUGAUUCUACAACAAUACAUUUUCCUUCUAAUUAUAUGAGCACUACAGGAACUGAUUUCUCACUCAAUCCAGCAGUUACACCUUCCAGUUGCAUUGACGAAUCAGGUUUCCUGCAGCCUUCAGAAAACGUGGGCCAUGAAAACCCACCAAAUGGAAAUUUUGUUAAGGUUUACAAGUCAGGGUCCUUCGGGAGGUCAUUAGAUAUUACCAAGUUCAGCAGCUACCAUGAGCUGCGUAGUGAGCUUGCUCGUAUGUUUGGCCUUGAAGGCGAGUUGGAGGACCCUGUGAGAUCAGGCUGGCAGCUUGUAUUUGUUGAUCGGGAGAAUGAUGUUCUUCUCCUCGGGGAUGACCCCUGGCCGGAGUUUGUAAAUAGUGUGUGGUGCAUCAAAAUACUCUCACCACAAGAAGUGCAGCAAAUGGGAAAACGAGGCCUAGAACUUCUGAAGUCUGUCCCAAUGCAGAGGCUCUCCGGCAAUAGUUGUGAUGAAUAUGGAGGAAGCCGGCAGGACUCGAGAAAUUUGAGUAGUGGGAUAACUUCGGUGGGAUCACUCGAGUACUGAAGUACUUAACCAGUUAAGAUAUCAUUCUCUCAAUCAAUAUUCUGUAAUAUUUGCAUCUCUUUCGACCCUUUUAUUAAGAGUUGGAAGGACGCCUAAUACUAGCUUAAAAGCUUAGUUUAUAUAUAAGCUAAUACUGUAAUUAAAUGGUACUUAUAUUUCUUUUGGUAUUUCCCUCUGUCGAAAUACAUACAAUACAUAUAUGUAUUAGGAGAUUAAUGUUUGUGAAAAUAGCCUCAAUAUAUUGCAAUCUAUUUCUGA